AUGAUUUCGUUAUUCUUUCUUAUUGGUGAAACCUGGCACAGAGAGGCUAUCAAAAAGGGCACGAUGAAAGAAGGUGGAAGAGGACAUGCGACUGACAGGCAUCCGGAUGGUGGACGGCAGAACUCAGUGGCAACAGAUGAUAAAGCUGGCCAAAGAUCACUUCGUUCUGUUGUGCCAGAAGAAGAAGAUGAUGAUCUUACAAUAACAUUUUUCGGCUCGAUUUUAUAG